GUAUUCAUGUUGUACGUAUGCUUUACCAACAGCAGGCAUUUUCCUCCACUUCCUUUGGUUCAGUAUUUCUCUUAGGUUCAUAUGGCCAGUGUUCCCCAAGUGCUUACAUUCCCGGAGGUGAAACUGAGCUCCUCCUCCGGCGGCCGGAACAUGCCGGUGAUCGGCAUGGGCACAACGGCCGAUCCAUUUGAUGAAACGGCUUUGAAAGAGGCGGUUGUGGAGGCUAUCAGUGUCGGUUACCGUCACUUCGACACCGCAUCUCUUUACAAAUCGGAGAAGCCAUUGGGAGAAGCUAUAGCCGAAGCGAUUAAGCUCGGUUUUGUCGCAUCUCGCGAUGAACUUUUCAUCAGUUCCAAGCUAUGGUGCAGUGAUGCUCAUCCCGAUCUUGUUCUUCCCGCUGUCAAAAAUUCUCUCAGGAUGCUUCAGUUGGAAUACUUGGACCUCUAUCUCAUUCACUGGCCACUAAGUGCUAAACCUGGGAAAAUUGAAUUCCCUGUGCCCAAAGAUGAACUACUAGCUAUGGAUUUCAACUCAGUGUGGGCAGCCAUGGAAGAUUGCCAGAGGUUUGGCCUCACAAAAUCCAUUGGAGUCUGUAACUUCUCAUGUAAGAAACUGGAAAACAUACUCUCCUUUGCUACCAUUCCCCCAUCAGUCAAUCAAGUGGAGAUUAGCCCUCUAUGGCAACAGCAGAAGCUAAGAGAGUUCUGCAAAUCUAAAAAUAUUGUGGUAACUGCUUACUCUCCUUUGGGAGCCAAAGGGACUCGUCGGGGAACCCAUGAAGUUCUGGAUAAUGAAACACUGAAGGAGAUUGCUAAUGCUCAUAACAAGACUGUUGCUCAGGUUUGCCUAAGAUGGGCACUUGAACAAGGGUUAAGUUUUGUGGUUAAGAGCUUCAACAAAGAAAGGAUGAGAGAGAACCUGCAUAUCUUCGAUUGGGGAUUAUCAUUAGAUGACUAUAAAAAAAUCAAUGAAAUUAAGCAGCGUAGGUUAUUGCCUAAACUUGAAAUGGUAUCACCUAAUGGACCAUUCAAGUCCCUUGAAGAACUAUGGGAUGGGGAGAUUUAAUCUUCAAAAUACCCUUUUUUUUUUUGGACUCGUAUUACAACUUCUCUACUUAAAAUCUACUUUAUUGUGUCAUAA